CUCACGUACUAUUUGUCUAGUACAAAUUGCAAACAUAGGCCCAAUUAAACAUUUCUAUCUUGUGAUUAUAAUGCUGACACGGCUAGAUUAUUGCAAAAUUAAUCAACCAUUGCCCUAUAUAAACGCAUCCGAAGCACAUCGAUCCUGCCCAACUUGAGUUCAAGCAGUGCAGUGCAGAUCAAAACAGUUGGCCGUCAUGUCGAAGCCAAGGUUCGACGGCAAGGUGGUGAUCGUGACGGGCGGAGCGAGCGGCAUCGGCGAGGCGAUGGCGCGGCUGUUCGCGGCGAGCGGCGCCACGGUGGUGAUCGCGGACAUCCAGGACGCGCUCGGCGAGGCGCUGGCGGCCUCCAUCGGCGCGCCAUGCACGUACGCGCGCUGCGACGUGACGGACGAGGCCCAGGUGGAGGCCACGGUGGGCGCGGCCGUGGCCGCGCACGGCCGCCUGGACGUCAUGCUCAGCAACGCCGGCAUUCUGCUCCUCACGGGCUCCGUCACCGACAUGGACCUGUCGGCGCUGGACCGCGUCAUGGCCGUCAACUUCCGCGGCGCGGCGGCGUGCGUCAAGCACGCGGCGCGCGCCAUGGUGGCCGCGGGGACGCGCGGCGCCAUCGUGUGCACGGGGAGCGUGGCGUGCGUGCAGGGCGGGUACGGCCCCGCGUCGUACACGGCGUCCAAGCACGCGCUGCUGGGCCUGGUGCGCUCCGCGGCCGGGGAGCUGGGUCGGCACGGCGUGCGCGUCAACCUCGUGUCCCCCGGCGGCGUGGCCACGCCGCUCAGCCUCACGCUGGCCGGGGUGGGCGCCGAGGAGAUGGAGGCAAUGACGGAGGCCGGGAGCAUGCUGCGCGGGAAGGUGCUGCGCGCCGCCGACGUGGCGGAGGCGGCGCUGUUCCUCGCGUCCGACCAGGCCGGGUACGUCAGCGGGCACAACUUCGUCGUCGACGGCGCCGCCACCGUCGCCAUCCCCUCCGUGCUGGAGUCCAUCGGGCUGUGAAUGUGCCGUACGCCCCGCACGUCGUCUCGUUUCGUUAUCUGCUCUCUAUAAUUCAUCUGUUCAUACUUACUACAGCAGUUUGUAAGCUCGAGAUAUUAAACAUCAGAAUUUAUUCUA